CACUCGCAGCUCACUUACAGCUCACUCACACAGAAGGGUGAAGGCAAGGGGCUUCCUCCUGACACUGCGUCCUAAUGACAAUCGACAGGAGCCCACAGAGGCUGAGCAGGCCCACCUAUGGCUCUACCACUAGCCUGCCACAUCGGGGUCCACAGCAAGCACCUCUACAGCAGACCUACCUCAGUGAGAAGAUCCCUAUCCCGGAAGCAAAACCGGGUACAUUCAGCCUGCGGAAGUUGUGGGCAUUCACAGGGCCUGGCUUCCUCAUGAGCAUCGCGUUCCUGGACCCAGGAAACAUCGAGUCAGAUCUUCAAGCUGGUGCUGUAGCUGGAUUCAAAUUGCUUUGGGUGCUGCUCUGGGCCACCGUGCUGGGCUUGCUCUGCCAACGACUGGCUGCCCGGCUAGGUGUGGUGACAGGCAAGGACUUGGGCGAGGUCUGCCAUCUCUACUACCCUAAGGUGCCCCGCAUCCUCCUCUGGCUGACCAUUGAGCUGGCCAUUGUGGGCUCAGACAUGCAGGAGGUCAUCGGCACAGCGAUUGCACUCAACUUGCUCUCCGCGGGACGAAUCCCACUCUGGGGUGGCGUCCUAAUCACCAUCGUGGACACCUUCUUCUUCCUCUUCCUGGAUAACUAUGGCUUGCGGAAACUGGAAGCUUUUUUUGGAUUCCUCAUUACCAUUAUGGCCCUGACCUUCGGCUAUGAGUAUGUGGUGGCGCGACCUGCGCAGCGGGCACUUCUUCAGGAUCUGUUCCUGCCCUCGUGCCAGGGCUGUGGCCAGCCUGAGCUGCUGCAGGCUGUGGGCAUCGUCGGCGCCAUCAUCAUGCCCCACAAUAUCUACCUGCACUCAGCCUUGGUCAAGUCUCGGGAGAUAGACCGAGCCCACCGGGCGGACAUCCGGGAAGCCAACAUGUACUUCCUGAUUGAAGCUACCAUUGCCCUGUCUGUCUCCUUUGUCAUCAACCUCUUCGUCAUGGCUGUCUUUGGGCAGGCCUUCUACCAGCAAAGCAAUGAGGAUGCGUUCAACGUCUGUGCCAACAGCAGCCUGCACGACUAUGCCAAGAUCUUCCCCAGGAACAACCAGACGGUGUCGGUGGACAUUUACGGAGGAGGCGUGAUCCUGGGCUGUCUCUUUGGCCCCGCUGCGCUCUACAUCUGGGCAGUGGGUCUCCUGGCUGCGGGGCAGAGCUCCACUAUGACGGGCACCUACGCGGGGCAGUUCGUGAUGGAGGGCUUCCUGAAGCUGCGGUGGACUCGCUUUGCCCGGGUCCUCCUCACACGCUCCUGUGCCAUUCUGCCCACUAUGCUGGUGGCUGUCUUCAGGGACCUGAGGGACCUGUCGGGCCUAAAUGACCUACUCAAUGUGCUGCAGAGCCUGCUGCUUCCCUUUGCUGUGCUGCCCAUCCUGACAUUCACCAGCAUGCCGACGGUCAUGCAGGAGUUUGCCAAUGGCCGGCUAAGCAAGGUGGUUACAUCCUGCAUCAUGGCCCUGGUCUUCGCCAUCAACCUCUACUUUGUGGUCAGCUAUCUGCCCAGCCUCCCCCAUCCUGCCUACUUUGGUCUCGUGGCUGUGCUGGCCACAGCCUACCUGGGCCUCACGGCCUACUUGGCCUGGACCUGUUGCCUGGCACAUGGAGCUACUUCUCUGACCCACAGUUCCCAUCAGCACUUCCUGUACGGACUCCCUGAAGAAGAACAGGAGGAUGGGGAGCGCUCUGGAUGAGCCCCCAUGCAGGCCUGGCCUGGAAGGUGGCUGGGGGGCACAGACUGGCUCGCUUGACUCCCAGGGUAGCAGCCAGAUGUUUUGGGAGGCUGGUCCACCCGAGUCCUUAGGGGCUUGCUAUUUUUUGAUUUAAUUACAUACUUUACUUCUGGGUCCGUCUCGUCUGUAAAACAGGGACAAGCACCAGUGAUGUGAAUGUAAAGCACUUUAACUGCUGAGCACUAGCGGCUUUUUAAAAAAAUCAUUACAAAGUAUUUAUUAAACAAACUUAUUGACAACGGAUGUGGGGCGUGCAGGCUUAUAAUCAAUACUUUGAAAGGCUGAGGCAGAAGAAUCACAAA